ACCAAUGCCAGGCGGGCAGGGCGGGGCUGCCUCGUUGCCUUUGAGCUGGGUUGAACUGCCUGGAUUUGCAGCUGCUGCGGGGCUUGGCGUUUUUUCUGGCUGCUGGGCUCGGGCGACCUCGUAGGGGGUAAAGAAGUGGGACGGCGAGCCCGGCGGCGGAGAGGGCAGGACCUGAAGCCAUCCUGAAGCCUUUUUUCUCUCUGACUGGAGGACGUGGAGCAUAAUGGCCGACAACACAAGCAAGCCCACCAAGCAGGCGAACAGAACACCUCCAAAGUCUCCUGCGGAUCCUGCAAAAGAAAGAUCAGCUAAAAGGUUGUCCUGUGAUUCAAACAGCUCCCAUGAUGGAGCUAUUGGGCCAGAGCUCAGUGCUCUUGAAGAGGCUUUCAGGAAAUUUGCCAUCCACGGGGACACAAGAGCCACAGGAAAAGAGAUGCAUGGGAAAAACUGGUCCAAGUUGUGUAAGGACUGUCAUGUGAUUGAUAGCAAGAACGUGACCCUCACAGAUGUCGAUAUUGUUUUCAGCAAAAUCAAGGGAAAGUCCAGGACAAUAACCUUUGACCAGUUUAAGGAAGCACUUCAGGAGCUUUCCAAGAAACGGUUCAAAGAUAAGAGCAAUGAAGAAGCAGUGCAAGAAAUGUACAAGCUAAUUGAAGGGAAAGGACCAGUCAUAUCGGGAGUCACGAAAGCCAUUUCUUCUCCGACUGUCUCGCGGCUGACAGACACGACGCGUUUCACUGGUUCCCAUAAGGAGAGAUUUGAUCCAUCUGGGAAAGGCAAAGGCAAAGCAGGGCGUGAAGACCUGGUCGACUCAUCUGGCUAUGUGUCUGGGUAUAAGCACGCCGGCACUUACAACCAGAAAGUUCAAGGAAGCAAGUAAGCUUGGGGACUGCCAGAGAAGAGGGUGUACCUGUGAGAGUGAGCUGGAUGGGCCUCCCCUCUUUCCAGUUGCUGUCAAUGCCUGAAGAACUCUGCUGGCAAUCUGCAUUUGUGGGGAUCAGAACCCAUUUUGACACCUCCUGAGACUCUUGCAGCAAUGCACCACUUCAUUACAUUCCUCAUUCUUUAAGGCAACAAAAAGGAAGUGGCAAAGUGUUUGACCUUUUGAGCAAGAAACCACAUCCAAGGGCUCUCUUCCCACACCUCAUCUAUAUUGGUAGCAAAUUGCAAACAUUCCUGUUUUGCUCCUUUGGCGGUAGUAACACCCCCUUUUCACCUAGAAGGGAGGCUUUAAAAGGAGAACUUUGUGUGCUGAUAGUUUAUUUAAAGCAGAUCUAUUUGCUAAAUUUGAUUAUUUAUUAUUGAACAAUGUCUUAAUAGGAAACAAAUGCUCCCAAAAGAUAAAAAUUAAGCCUUUAACUGAAGGGAAUUAAAAAGCUGUUUGUUUUUGGCAGAGGAAUAAAAGUGCUUAUUUUUACAAGGAGGAAACUGCAAAUACAUUUAUUCCACCUCAUUUGUAAGCAAGGAUUUACUGUAGUUUUUUAAAAAUUGUAUUCUUCAUUAGGGGAUAACGAAGCUCUCCUUUGUCCUUGUUUAAGAAAGAGAAGAUUAAUUAUUGUCAGUAUCUUGAUCCCCCCAAAUCUUCCAAAGAAGCUUUUGUAUUUGUUUCUUCAAACCAUGUGGCAUGGUGACCAGGGGUAAGCAUAUUUACUUGAAGGAGCAACAGAGGUUGGAGGCUUGUUCCAAAUGACAUGGUUAGUUUCAGUAUCUAUGUGUGCAUCCUUCAGUCUGGCAGUCAAAAGAGGAUUUAAGAUUGUGCUGAUAUAUUAUUAAACAUUAUUUAGAGUACAUGCCACAAAUUGAAUUUUCAUUUACUUAGAUGUGAAGUAUCAUGCAUAAAUGGAUACUUGCAGAAGUUUGCAUGAAACAUGGCAGUUUUACACACAGAGAAAUAAUCAAAAUGCUUUGAAAUGAUCUCCUUUAUUCUGGCUGUUCCCUUAAAUAACAUUGUGAUUUUAAUAUUUGUUGAAUAAUCUUUUUAGUCUUCUAUUUGCAAAAUGAAUUAACUCAAUUAUUAUCAUUCAUUCUGUUGUAAAUUUGAUAAAAUCUUUUUGUUAAAUUUUCUACUUAUACCUGUGGAGAAAAAUCAAUGUGGUGUUGUUUUCCAGGUGAUGUAAUCAUCUGUCAUGUGAGCUAUGUUUUGUGUUGUGUUGAAAUGUCACCUUCUUUAAGAGAGAAAAUAAGCUAAUUUAUAUUGUCUAAAAAAACCAUACACCAAAUGCACCAUAUGAAUAUGCUGAGGAAUAACUUUGUUUUAUAACAUGAUCUUCACACCUUCUGGUUUCUUGUUCAGCAAAAUAUUUAUUGACUGCAUUAAUUUAUAAUCUAUCAAAUAAUGGGUGUAAUUUUUAUAGGGAUGUUUCCCAACAGUUGAAUGCUCUGCCUUGUUUUUCAUGAAUUAGAGUACUACACGUGUUCAGCCACUAUCCUCAGAAUCUUCUGUUUUUAAAAAAUAGGAAUUCACCACGUUUACUGCCAUUUUUUCUUAUCAUCUCUUGACAGGUGUAACAUACCACUAAAAAGCUGAUUGUUAUCUGUUUGCUUGCAGUAACUCCAACUGAUUCUUUACAAAGGCUUUCCCAGUCAUUGGCUGCCUGUCAUUUAUAGUUGCUUUUGUUUUCUUGCAACCUAAAGUCUUCUCAGCCUGCUCUAAAAGUGAAUCCAAAAUAAUAACGGCCUAAAUCAGUUCCUGCAGGUGCAGAUAUCCUCCCCUGACCAGGUUGUCAGAUGUACGUCAGCUAUGUCGUGAUUAGAAAUAGUUCUGCUGUGUGGUUUUAUGGAAUAGUGAGUACAGUGUAUCAUGAUCUAUUGUCUCUAGAAAUUGCGAAUGAAAGUGUGGCAAACCUGUUAGGGAGUCUCACUUUAUUACACUGACCAGAAUCUUCAGAUCCAAGGAUGAUGCCUACCCUUGGCUAGCACUGUGGAUGAGAAAAUAGCUCCUCUAUAGUGUACCUAGGAAGAACCACAUUAAAAAGCUGUUUGGAUCAGCUGUCAGGUGUUGAGCCAGUCUUGUGGGAUUCUGUGGUCUUUGGGUGUCUAGGGAUCUUUUAUUUCUUUUGUUCCUUUUCUUCUUUUCUUUAUUUAAAUCAAGAACAUAUGAGCCAUUUGCUCAUGUGAUCCGGCUGUGGGUGUUGUCCGCGCAUUGGAGGUAGGGGUUUGAUGUAAGAAUGGUGUUGUUAUUGUCACCAUGUUCUGGCAUCAUCUUUGUUUUUGUUUUUAUUGAUAGAAAUGUUUUGAUGCCAAAAGGUGAGUUGCAGAAUUCUCUUCAGUGGAUUUACAAGUAAGCUCUACAUAUCAGGUGACAGCCUAGAGCAGUGAUGGCACACCUAUGCCACGCGUGCCACAGCUGGCACACAGAGCCCUUUCUGCCGGCACGCG